AUGAGUAUAGAUGUUACAUCACCUGAAAGGACACGUCAUUCUACAUUGAUUCCAUUUGGUAACCAACAGUCUGUUGAAGAGCAUGAUCCCGACAUUCUUGGUUUACCUUGUUUACUUUACUAUAAAACAAGUCGUAAAUUCAGAGCAAUGGUAUUCGAUUAUGUUGGUCCAAAUCUACAAGUCGUAUUUGAUCAUUAUAAACGUGAAGAAAAUGGGUUUUCAUUAAAAACUGUCUGUCUCAUUGGCAUUGAACUUAUAACGCGCAGUAUCAACGCUCAAAUAGGUCGUCCACUCUCCUAUCGUGAUGAUUUGGAAUCAUUGGGUUAUAUGCUCAUCUAUUUUACUGGUUUACAGUUGCCAUGGGAAGUGGAUGACAAUAUUCGUCAUCAAAGAUCGACACUAGGGGAUAGCAAUGACACAUCAGAACAGGCAUGCCGUGCAAUGAGAAUAGCAAAAUUAAAAUAUAAAAUGAUGAAAAAUAUCGAUGACCUCUGUUCAGAGUUACCCGAUAAUUUUAAAAUUUAUUUUCAAAAAAUAUUUAAACUUAGCCACAAUCAACGCCCAAAUUACAUGUACUUGAGACAGUUAUUUUCCGAUACAAUUACAGAAGAACUCAAUGAAGACGUCGACUGGAGUUACGACUGGCUAAGUGAAUAUCAAAAAGUAUCGACCGGUAACAAACGAACAGAAAUGUCGUCUGCAGUUAGUACCAUUGUUAGAACACUAUUAAAUCCAUUAAGACGAACUAAACGAGAAAACUUAUAUAUUACUUGUUAUACAAAUUUACAUAAUAAUUAUGAUGAAAACAGUUUUGUAUUUAAAUCAUCUCAACAUGUUGAUAAAUCUAGUCAAAAUCAAGAUUCUUUCAAAGAUGUUGAUUGGCAUCAAAUACUUUUAGCACGAUUAAAACACGCUGCAGAAAACACCGACAAAAAUUCAGAUUACACCGAAGACCGUACUAUUUUGCAAAAUCAAUAUCAACGAAAUUUUUGCAACGUAUUAAGUGGCCAAAAUCAAACUCUCAAAAACAUGAAUCGCAGUGAACAAUUUUUCUCUAGUUCGUAUAGUUCUAUGAAAAAGUUCAAACCGGCAUUAUUAUGCCAAACCGAUACCUCAAAAGAUGAAUGCGAUACAUUUGACAAUUCUUCAGCUGACAACGGUUUUCCAAACCAUUGUAUGGAUCUCUUUAAUGAAAAAACAGCAACUACUGCUAUUAAAAAAGAAUAUCGUUAUGCCAAAAAUUCACUUUGUAGAUCAAAAGUUGAUAUGACAACAUUGAAACGGCGAGUACGAAAAGAGACAAAUAUUUCUACCACAACCUUGUCUAAUGUUCUUCCCGAAGUUUCCUCAUAUGAGGUUGAUAAUCAUCCACCACCUUAUACUAAUAACAAUGAACUGGAAAUUGAAUGA